AUGCUUUUACCUGCGCGGCACGGCCCGGAGGGUGUUGUAAAUAGGGAUGCGCCGUCGAAUGUCGAUAUUUGCGAGCUGUCGUCAAGAGUGAGAGGGGCGAGGUGUGAGGGGGGUCAAGGCCAUAGGCGCACGCGGCGCCGACGACAAGCGGCUAGUCUUAGUCCGCCGCGAGCCACCGUGCGAUCCACUUGCCAUGAAUGCGCGUCCACUUACUUGUUCCCGAUACUGACGAAAACCCACCAGGCGAUGCGCGGCUUGUGUGCGCGGUGGGGAGCGUGUGGGCGCGCGCGCUCGCGCUACCUCGCCGCGCUGCUCGCCUGGUGCGCUCUCGCUGCCGUCGCGCUGCCCAGAUUGCGCGCCCCAGGAACUGACUCCCCGACACACACACCGGCGGGACGCGCGCAUCCCCCGGCGCGGCUACUACUGCAAAGCGAGCCGGCCGCCAGCACGCCCGCCCCGGCGUCGCUUCCGCCUUCGCUCUCCGCUCUGCCCGCCACGGACACGCGUGUGCUCACAGAGGAGGAACUACGAGCGGACGCCGAGCGACGCCUCCCCUCUCUGCCCCUUACAUAUUGGCACAAACACAAAGAUGACAAGAACAAGUUCUACAAGAAGAAAGACUGUGCGCCCUUCCCCUCGAUAUACGAUAUCGAAUUCCACAACACGUACUGGCAGACGUUGCGCGCUAAGGGCGAGGUCUUUCACCUGUAUGGGGCGUACAUGGACGCCCGUAACGCGUCCCGCAUCGGGCCGGCCGUACGCAUUCUAGCCGUGCAUGACCGCAUCAAGCCGACACUGGCGACCCACUGCCAGCUCUGGUUCGAAGAGCGCGACGCGCCAGUCGUCGUUCGCAACCUCGAGUACAAGUACGUGUGGAACAGCAAGUGGGGCAACUACCGGGAUGGUGUUCUGCAGCCGUACCUGCUCGCUUGCGUGCUGCCCGCUGAGGUGCGACACUUGACGCCCGCCUCCGUGUCCAUCGUGUCGAAUCCAUGCGACCGCGCUACAAAUAAUUUGCGCGUACACAACGACCGACCUCCGACGCCGGCAGACCGGCAAGACUUCGCCGUCUGCGUCAAAGGGCUCGAUUUCCUCCACGAGGAUCUCUCCGUCCGUCUGGUCGAGUGGAUAGAGCUUAUACGUCUGCUCGGCGCUCAUAAGAUUUUUUUCUACGAGUUGCAAGUGCAUCCCAACAUCACUAAGGUUCUGGACUAUUACAGCGCACUCGGGGUGACCGAAGUGACGCCUAUAACGCUCCCAGGCGGACAGCCUAAUCUGCCCGGCCUCCAGCACAUGUAUCUUAAGAAGAAGACGACACACAAACGUCAGAUGGAGCUGAUUCCCUACAAUGAUUGUCUGUACCGGCACAUGUAUCGGUACCGCUGGCUCGCGCUGCUCGAUAUCGACGAAGUGAUCGUCCCGCUGCAAGACAGAGACUGGGGAUCGCUCAUGCGGCGCAUUUUACCUCUCUCUACGCCGGCGCAAGGCAAGCCGCCGCGUAGCUCCUACCACGCGUCUAACUUGUACUUCCUUGAUUCUCUGCAGCACGAACACUCGUGGGAGGAGGGCGUACCGCGCUAUUUGCAUAUGCUGCAGCACGUAUAUAGAACACGUAACUUUACGAAGCCAGGCCAAUACGUGAAGGCGUUCCACGAGACUGAGAGAGUGCUGGCUCUACAUAAUCACUUUCCGCUAGCGUGCCUCGGUGGCGCCUGCAGUUCCUACGCGUUGGACACGAACCACGCCCGCCUGCAGCACUAUCGCGCCGACUGCGUCACUGCCCUGAGCAAGACUUGUGCGGAGUUGCGAGCGCAACCCGUACGCGACACUGCGCUGUGGCGCUGGCGCGAGCCGCUGGCCGAGCGUGCCACGGCUGCGCUUGCAGCACUCGGCUUCCUACCCCCGCAUCGGUGA